CCAUCUUAAUCUAAUACCUGAUAGGCAGCCAAGCUGACGGCCAGGGUAGCCAACCCCGGCAUAGCUCUAUAAUAGUCGAUCCUUCUCCUCUUACUAAAAGCCUCUCGGUCAAAUUAUAUCUUUGUCAGCCAUCAGCUGAAAAAGCAGAGAGAAAAAAGCUAUAAAUCCGAUAUAGUAUCAUACAGUAAAACCUAAGCUGGUGGCGUUAAUCGAACCAUAACCGUGACGAAGCAGAGCCCGGGUGGUAUCGAUGCAACAAUGGAGACCGAAGCUAAUGCAGAAACGGUUAAUCUAGAAUUGUUCGAAGCUGGGGGCGAAGAAGGCAGUGAUUUUCACGUUUUCAACAUCUCCGAUGAUCAUUAUCACCGAACGGAAGCUUUACAGCGCACUGGCGCUAUAGAUAUCAGUUGCAAUCUCAAGAAGGUUGUUCAUGGCGCUAUAUCCCCCGACAGCGAUCGAUACGCUACUUUACUUGUUUUACAAUGGGGAUUCAAACCUCAACACAAUACGCGCCGUAUCGCCGAAGCAACUAUUGAGCUUGAAUUCACACCCAGUGCAGAUGGUGGCGAUGUCGAAGUCGAACGCAUAUCAUUCGAUGGCUCAUAUAGCCUGAUGCCAACAACGCAGUCAGAAAGUGUCACGAGAGGGGCUGAGGUGAGCCUUGGAGCUAGCUAUUUUGCAGAUUUGAGUAUUGGAGGAAAAUGGGAAAAAACAGUCGAUAGUGUGUCGUCGGAUGCGAUCUCGGUGAACGGUGGGAUGCAUCUCGUCAACAAUAUCCCACCAUAUCGAAGAGUAAAGUGGACCUUAUUGGAGAACGAAACUCAGAAGUCGGGAAUUCCAGCUUCCCUCACAGUCGCAGUACUCGUUUCGAGAGAAGACCAAGAGAAAUUCUACUGCGGAUUGGGAUUUACAUGUAAAACGGACAAAAAAACAGCCGCCCAAAGCUUCUUCAAGAAAAUCCCUAAAGAUGACCCUAUCAUAUUUCAACCGGAUCCUCGGGAGAAAGGGAAACGCCCACAUAGAAACAUCCUAUAUGGUGACGAUGAGCUGGGUAGCGUUGACCUUGAGAAGUUGAGUGAUGUAACUUUUACAACCAUAGUUACACGCGCAACGAAGUCUAGGGAAUAAAACCUUUCUGCGACUUAUUUGCCUGAAAAUUUCAUCGGAUAAUGUUGAAGAGUCUCUACACAACUAUAGCGUGAAUAUUGAUUCCACUUUCGCCGAGGUAACAAGGGUAGGAGCAGGGCUUACGACACGUACGCCCAGCUAUGCACGCGAUCAUCUCAGGCGCAUAGGUCCGCUAGCCCUCCACUUUAUAAAAUCCAGUAAAAUAAAU